AGCGUGUGGCGGACGGCGAACGCGCGGGAGCUUGCUUGCUGCCGGGCUGGAGCUGCCCGUCUCGCCGCUUCCCGAGCGCUUUGCACCACGGUGCCCGGCGCCGCACGAAGAACGCAGAAGAGCAAGGGGGGCCAACGGUCCGGCCGGUCUGAGGCCCAAGUCCGGGAGCGCCUCGUGCAGCGUCGCGGGGCCGUCCCCGCGGCUGCUGCCAUGACCGACUCUCUCCCCAGAGGGGACUCUUCCUCAGCGGUUGCUGCAGAGAGAGAUGAAGGGCGGCUUCUGGCCGCGGGACCGUGAGACGGGUUAGUGGCCGGCCAGUUAGGGGGACGCCGCGGACGGCCGCCUGCGCGCUGCUGGGCUGGUUACUUUGGCCCCGAGGCUCGCGAGGGCGUGGCGGCAUGUUCCCACGAAGGCCGCCGGCCGCCCUAGCCGCCUGGCUGGCGGGGGCGCGGGGCGGGGGCCUACUGGCCCUGCUGGCCAAUCAGUGCCGCUUCGUGACGGGCCUGCGCGUGCGGCGCGCGCAGCAGAUCGCGCAGCUCUACGGCCGCCUCUACUCGGAGAGCUCGCGCCGAGUCCUCCUCGGCCGCCUGUGGCGCCGGCUGCACGGCCGCCCUGGCCAUGCCUCUGUCUUGAUGGCUGCGCUCGCCGGCGUGUUCGUGUGGGACGAGGAGAGGAUCAAGGAGGAGGAGUUGCAGAGAUCCAUUAAUGAGAUGAAACGGUUGGAGGAAAUGUCAAAUAUGUUUCAGAGCUCUGGAAUCAGGUGCCACCCUCCAGAAUCAAAAUCCCAAACAGAAGGGAAUGAAGAUUCAGAGGGCAGAGAACAACCAUGGGAAAUGGUGAUGGAUAAGAAACACUUUAAGCUGUGGCGGCGUCCAAUUACAGGCACCCACCUUUACCAGUACCGAGUUUUUGGAACGUACACAGAUGUGACACCCCGGCAGUUCUUCAAUGUUCAGGUGUUUGACAAUGGCAGCAUCUACCACCCUGAAGUCCUUGACAUUACAGAGGAAAGUGUUCAUUCUCGCUUCCUGGAGGGUGUCUGCAAGCUGGACACAGAGUAUAGAAAAAAGUGGGAUGCCCUGGUGAUCAAGCUGGAGGUGAUCGAGAGGGAUGUGGUUAGUGGUUCUGAGGUUCUUCACUGGGUAACCCAUUUUCCUUAUCCAAUGUACUCACGGGAUUAUGUUUAUGUUCGGCGGUAUAGUGUGGAUCAGGAAAACAACAUGAUGGUGUUGGUGUCACGUGCUGUGGAGCACCCUAGCGUGCCAGAGUCUCCAGAAUUCGUCAGGGUCAGAUCAUAUGAAUCCCAAAUGGUUAUCCGUCCCCACAAGUCGUUUGAUGAGAAUGGCUUUGACUACUUGCUGACAUACAGUGACAAUCCCCAGACUGUGUUUCCUCGCUACUGUGUUAGUUGGAUGGUUUCCAGUGGCAUGCCAGAUUUCCUGGAAAAGCUGCACAUGGCCACUCUGAAAGCCAAGAACAUGGAGAUUAAAGUAAAGGACUACAUCUCAGCUAAGCCUUUGGAAAUGAGUAGUGAAGCCAAGGCCACUGCCCAAUCCUCCGAGCGGAAGAAUGAGGGCAGUUGUGGCCCUGCUCAGAUCGAGUAUGCCUGAAGGGCUUUGGGAUAAGAAGGAAUAGGCACUUCCAGCCCUGUCUCGGUCCCUUUUCACUCUGCUACAGAAUGGGGACAAGCCACAUGUAUUAGAAGGCAUCUGCUGUAACUACCAGUGCAAGAUAAUUCAAUAACUGGUGUCCGAUUUCAUUCAGAGCCCUUAUUGCUCUUAUCAACACAGAGAGAAGAAGGCUACAUCUGUGGAGGUGUUGUCACAUUCUCAGGCCAACCACUUUGAAAUUCAGUAUUUCACUAAGCUAAUCUGGAACAAACCUCUCACCUCAGGCCAGAAGGAGAUGACCUUCAUUUGCGUCCUCUGAGUAAUUUCCUCUGCUGACAUUCCAAAUCCCACCAUUGGUUUUGCAGUGCUUUGGAUUUCCUUUAGUUCUGCAGGUCCACAUGGAAAGUGUAGUUGGUUGGUUGAGUCAAAUGAGGGGUCGCUGGGAGUGUUCUUGGUAACAGUCUUGAUGUGAAUGGGUGUGAACGAUACUUGGCCAUGUUAAGUGCCUUGUCCUCACCUUUUAUCUUUAGGGACAUGAAGUUUGUACCAAGACAUUUCUCUCCUUGCCUGCAUAAUAUCACUCCAUUGACUCACUUUACCCAAAGUAGUUUCCUUUGAAUUGGCCAGUUGUUCUAUAUUCAUGCACAGAAUUCAUUGGAUCAUUGCCUCCUUCCUAACCUCAGCCCAUUUACCAAGAGCACUGGAAGAUGAAUCCUUUUAGAUAGUACCUCCCUUUAUCAUCAGUGUGUUGAUAGGGUCAGAGAGAUGCUCAAAAUAUCACAUUUAAAUUAAAUUUAAUUUUUUUUAACCUUUGUGUCAAAAAGGAGGAGUUAGGGAGUUGAGUGGAAUAUAGCUCCACUGUAUAGAAAAUACCAUUUAGAUUCAGGCAUUAUUUUUCAGACUUCAGACUUGUCCUUUUUGGAAGGCUAAAGGCAGAGAAAUGGUGGCUGGGCCACUCCCCCGGAGCUAGAUCUGUAGAUAAGCUGUGUGAACGCAUAGGUGUGAUCUUGCCCCAAAUACUAAUAUAGUGGGGGUGUGGUUUAUGUGACCCUCUUGUUUCUUUAAAAAGUUUUUCCUCCUCUCCUCAGAGCUAAAAUAAAACCAACUACGCUGUUCAGAUAAGGUCCCAAUCAGAUGGUAUCAGUUUGGCCUAGCUGGUUUUGCUGUGGUUCAUGCUGCAGUCUCUUGGGAGAAUAGGGAUCAAGUUUUACAUCUUCCUCCCUCCUUUUUGGGGAGAGCCUAAAUGGCUAGACUUUUCCUCUUUUUUUCCUGCUUGCUACCCUUUUGUGGUGUUAAAAAGUGAUCUAAACCUGAGACUAAUAUAAACCCUUUCCUUGACCUUCUUGUUGCCUAUUCAGUUUUGUGCCAAGGAAAUAACUGCCCCAGUGUUUUAUGUCUUGCCUUCUCUGAGUCGUUGGCAGAGCAGAGAGAGAUGCAUUGAACAGUCCCAGCUUCUUUUCAUUAAUCACUUCUCUCUUCUCCCCAGGACCUGAUAAAAGCCAGGGAAGAGUCCCUGGGUUGUCUGAACUUAGCACCUGCGAUCAUUGGGGCGUGGAUGGGUGUGUGAGAGAAAGAGUGUGUGUGCAUGCACAGGUGCUGAGAAGUUGUGGUUACUCCAUGUUCUGACUUACGGCAAUUUGACUCUGCACUUGGGGUCUGUCUGUACAGUUACUUAGGUCAUUGUAAUGAUUUCACUCCUAACGGUGACAUUUUUAUCAGAUGCGUGAAUAAAUACAUAAAGAUUGGUA